CUUAUCAUCCGUGGAGAAUAGGAACAAUAGACUUAUUAUCGGUGGAGAAUAGCCUCGGCCGGAUUCCGUGAUCUGUAGCCUCCAGAAUCGAAAGAAAAUGGCAUUUAUAAAUCGCCCGAAAUCUGUGAUGGUACCCCUUUGGAAUCUGCCAAAAAUUGACUCGGAAUAAAUCCGCCCAAAUCGGUGCUUAAUGUACUCAAUCAUCGUCUGAGAAUAGCCUCAGCCCGAAUCCGUGAUCUAUAGCCUUCAAUAUCCAAAGAAAAUGGCCUUUCGUCGCCCAAGAAAUUACGAAAAUGUCAUCCGAAAAUAAAUCGGCCCAAAUCGAUGUUUAACGAACUUAUCAUCAGUGGAGAAUAGGAUCAAUAGACUUCAUUAUCGGUGGAGAAUAGCCUCGGCCUAAUUCCGUGAUCUGUAGCCUCCAGAAUCGAAAGAAAAUGGCGUUUCGGAUAAAUCGCACGAAAUCUGUGAUGGUACCCCUUUGGAAUCUGCCAAAAAUUGACCUGGAAUAAAUCCGCCCAAAUUGGUGCUUAAUGGACUCAAUCAUCGUUGGAGAAUAGCCUCAGGCCGAAUCCGUGAUCUGUAGCCUUCAAUAUCCAAAGAAAAUGGCCUUUCGUCGCCCAAGAAAUUACGAAAAUGCCACCAGAAAAUAAAGUGGCCCAAAUCGAUGCUUAACGAACUUAUCAUACGUGGAGAAUAGGAUCAAUAGACUUCAUUAUCGGUGGAGAAUAGCCUCGGCCUGACUCCGUGAUCUGUGGCCUCCAGAAUCGAAAAAAAUGACAUUUCAGAUAAAUCGCCAGAAAUCUGUGAUGGUACCCCUUUGGAAUCUGCCAAAAAUUGACCCGGAAUAAAUCCACCCAAAUUGGAGCGUAAUAGACUCAAUCAUCGUUGGAGAAUAGCCUCAGGACGAAUCUGUGAUCUCUAGCCUUCAAUAUCCAAAGAAAAUGGCCUUUCGUCGCCCAAGAAAUUACGAAAAUGCCAUCAUAAAUAUAAAUUGGCCCAAAUCGAUGCUUAACGGACUUAUCAUCGAUUUGGGCCAAUUUAUUUUUGGAUAGCAUUUUCGUAAUUUUUUGGGCAACGAAAGGCCAUUUUCUUUGGAUAUUGAAGGCUACAGAUCACGGAUUCGGCCUGAGGCUAUUCUCCAACGAUGAUUGAGUCUAUUAAGCACCAAUUUGGAUUUAUUCCGGGUCAAUUUUUGGCAGAUUCCAAAGGGGUGUACCAUCACAGAUUUCGGGCGAUUUAUCUGAAAUGCCAUUUUCUUUCGAUUCUGGAGGCUACAGAUCACGAAAUCAGGCCGAGGCUAUUCUCCACCGAUAAUGAACUCUAUUGAUCCUAUUAUCCACGGAUGAUAAGUCCGUUAAGCAUCGAUUUGGGCCAAUUUAUUUUCGGAUGGCAUUUUCGUAAUUUCUUGGGCGACGAAAGGUCAUUUUCUUUGGAUAUUGAAGGCUACAGAUCACGGGUUCGGCCUGAGACUAUUCUCCAAUGAUGAUUGAGUCUAUUAAGCUCGAAUUUGGGUGGAUUUAUUCCGCGUCAAUUUUUGGCAGAUUCCAAAGGGGUACCAUCACAAAUUUCUGGCAAUUUAUCCGAAAUGCCAUUUUCUUUCGAUUCUGGAUGCUACAGAUCACGUAAUCAGGCCGAGGCUAUUCUCCACCGAUAAUGAAGUCUAUUGAUUCUAUUUUCCAUGGAUGAUAAGUCCGUUAAGCAUCGAUUUGAGCCAAUUUAUUUUCGGAUGGAACUUUCGUAAUUUCUUGGGCGACGAAAGGCCAUUUUCUUUGGAUAUUGAAGGCUACAGAUCACGGACGGCCUGAGGCUAUUCUCCAACGAUGAUUGAGUCCAUUAAGCAUCGAUUUGGGCGGAUUUAUUCCGGGUCAAUUUUUGGCAGAUUCCAAAGGGGUUCCAUCACAAAUUUCGGCGAUUUAUCCGAAAUGCCAUUUUCUUUCGAUUCUGGAGGCUACAGAUUACGGAAUCAGGCCGAGGCUAUUCUCCACCUAUAAUGAAGUCUAUUGAUCCAAUUUUCCAUGGAUGAUAAGUCAGUUAAGCAUCGAUUUGGGCCAAUUUAUUUCCGGAUGGCAUUUUCGUAAUUUCUUGGGUGACGAAAGACCAUUUUCUUUGGAUAUUGAAGGCUAUAGAUCACGGAUUCAGCCUGAGGCUAUUCUCCAACGAUGAUUGAGUCCAGUAAGCACCGAUUUGGGCGGAUUCAUUCCGAGUCAAUUUUUGGCAGAUUCCAAAGGGGUACCAUCACAGAUUUCGGGCGAUUUAUCCGAAGUGCCAUUUUCUUUCGAUUCUGGAGGCUACAGAUCACGGAAUCAGGCCGAGGCUAUUAUCCACCAAUAAUGAAGUCUAUUGAUCCUAUUCUCCACGGAUGAUAAGUCAAUUAAGCAUCGAUUUGGGCCAAUUUAUUUCUGGAUGGCAUUUUCGUAAUUUCCUGGGUGACGAAAGGCCAUUUUCUUUGGAUAUUGAAGGCUACAGAUCACGGACGGCCUGAGGCUAUUUUCCAACGAUGAUUGAGUCCAUUAAGCAUCGAUUUGGGCGAAUUUAUUCCGGGUCAAUUUUUGGCAGAUUCCAAAGGGGUUCCAUCACAAAUUUCGGCGAUUUAUCCGAAAUGCCAUUUUCUUUCGAUUCUGGAGGCUACAGAUUACGGAAUCAGGCCAAGGCUAUUCUCCACCUAUAAUGAAGUCUAUUGAUCCAAUUUUCCAUGGAUGAUAAGUCAGUUAAGCAUCGAUUUGGGCCAAUUUAUUUCCGGAUGGCAUUUUCGUAAUUUCUUGGGUGACGAAAGACCAUUUUCUUUGGAUAUUGAAGGCUAUAGAUCACGGAUUCAGCCUGAGGCUAUUCUCCAACGAUGAUUGAGUCCAGUAAGCACCGAUUUGGGCGGAUUCAUUCCGGGUCAAUUUUUGGCAGAUUCCAAAGGGGUACCAUCACAGAUUUCGGGCGAUUUAUCCGAAGUGCCAUUUUCUUUCGAUUCUGGAGGCUACAGAUCACGGAAUCAGGCCGAGGCUAUUAUCCACCAAUAAUGAAGUCUAUUGAUCCUAUUCUCCACGGAUGAUAAGUCAAUUAAGCAUCGAUUUGGGCCAAUUUAUUUCUGGAUGGCAUUUUCGUAAUUUCUUGGGUGACGAAAGGCCAUUUUCUUUGGAUAUUGAAGGCUACAGAUCACGGAUUCGGCCUGUGGCUAUUCUCCAACGAUGAUUGAAUCCAAUAAGCACCGAUUUGAGCGGAUUUAUUCCGGGUCAAUUUUUGGUCAGAUUCCAAAGGGGUACCAUCACAGAUUUCGGGCGAUUUAUCCGAAGUGCCAUUUCCCUUGGAUAUUGAAGGCUACAUAUCACGGAUUCGGCCUGAGGCGAUUCUCCAACGAUGAUUGAGUCCAUUAAGCACCGAUUUGGGCAGAUUUAUUCCGGGUCAAUGUUUGGCAAAUUCCAAAGGGGUACGAUCACAGAUUUCGGGCGAUUUAUCCGAAAUGCCAUUUCUUUCGAUUCUGGAGGCUACAGAUCACGGAAUCAGGCCGAGGCUAUUCUCCUCCGAUAAUGAAGUCUAUUGAUCUCAUUAUCCACGGAUGAUAAGACCGGUAAGCAUCGAUUUGGGCCAAUUUAUUUUCGGAUUGCAUUUUCGUAAUUUAUUGGGCGACGAAAGGCCAUUUUCUUUGGAUAUUGAAGGCUACAGAUCACGGAUUUGGCCUGAGGCUAUUCUCCAACGAUGAUUGAGUGCAUUAAGCACCGAUUUCGGCGGAUUUAUUCCGUGUCAAUAUUUGUCAGAUUUUAAAGGGGUACCAUCACUGAUUGUGGGCGAUUUAUCCGAAAUGCCAUUUUCUUUUGAUUCUGGAGGCUACAGAUCACGGAAUAAGGUCGAGGCUAUUCUCCACCGAUAAUGAAGUCUAUUGAUCCUAUUUUCCACGGAUGAUAAGUCCGUUAAGCAUCGAUUUGGGCCGAUUUAUUUUCGGAUGACAUUUUCGUAAUUUCUUGGGCUACGAAAGGCCAUUUUCUUUGGAUAUUGAAGGCUAUAGAUCACGGAUUCGGGCUGAGGCUAUUCUCAGACGAUGAUUGAGUCCAUUAAGCACCGAUUUGGGCGGAUUUAUUCCGAGUCAAUUUUUGGCAGAUUCCAAAGGGGGUACCAUCACAGAUUUCGUGCCAUUUAUCCGAAAUGCUAUUUUCGUUUGAUUCUGGAUGCUACAGAUCACGGAAUAAGGUCGAGGCUAUUCUCCACCGAUAAUGAAGUCUAUUGAUCCUAUUCUCCACGGAUGAUAAGUACGUUAAGCAUCGAUUUGGGCCAAUAUAUUUUUGGAUGGCAUUUUCGUAAUUUCUUGGGCGACGAAAGGCCAUUUUCUUUGGAUAUUGAAGGAUACAGAUCACGGAUUCGGCCUGGGGCUAUUUUCCAACGAUGAUUGAGUCCAUUAAGAACCGAUUUGGGUGGAUUUAUUCCUGGUCAAUUUUUGGCAGAUUCCAAAGGGGUACUAUCACAGAUUUCGGGCGAUUUAUCCGAAAUGCCAUUUUCUUUCGAUUCUGGAGGCUACAGAUCAUGAAAUAAGGCCGAGGCUAUUCUCCACCGAUAAUGAAGUCUAUUGAUCCCAUUAUCCACGGAUGAUAAGUCCGGUAAGCAUCGAUUUGGGCCAAUUUAUUUUCUGAUGGCAUUUUCGUAAUUUAUUGGGCGACGAAAGGCCAUUUUCUUUGGAUAUUGAAGGCUACAGAUCACGGAUUGGGCCUGAGGCUAUUCUCCAACGAUGAUUAAGUCCAUUAAGCACCGAUUUCGGCGGAUUUAUUCCGGGUCAAUUUUUGGCAGAUUCCAAAGGGGUACCAUCACUGAUUGUGGGUGAUUUAUACGAAAUGCCAUUUUCUUUCGAUUCUGGUGGCUACAGACCAUGCAAUCAGGACGAGGCUAUUCUCCACCGAUAAUGAAGUCUAUUGAUCAUA